CGCAGAUGUCAGCAGAGUUUCUCAAUCUGUCACUUUGCGAGAUGGGCUCCGUGUGAUGAGUGCAAAGAAAACAUGGACGCGGCAACUUUCUGACACCCGCCCUAGUGUGGACCUCCUUCCGAGUCACCUCGUUUCUUAACAACACCGCGCCUCGCUUUUGCUAGCCGCUCUUUGCCCUUCAAAUUUGGACAACACUUGCGCGUGUGUCAAAUAAGCAGUGAACCAUGCUAACCGACGUUAGCCGCUGCCAAGCUAACUAGUAGCUAUGCUGUUCGCGGGAUAGUUGACCUUAAACGCGUAGGUUUUAUCCCCGGUUUUAACAAGUUUAUUUGUUUUUUCCCCCCCCUCUCCCUCCCCUUUCCAAAAGAAGUCGAGAAGCAAACGGAGACAUGGGACUGCACCCGCUGGAGUUCAGCGAAUGCUAUCUGGACAGUCCCUCCUUCAGGGAGAAAAUCAAGGCUCACGAAGCGGAGCUGGACAAAACCAACAGGUUCAUUAAGGAGCUGUACAAGGACGGCAAGAACCUCAUCAAUGCCACCAAACAGUUGGGGAUGGCCCAGAGAAAGUUCGCCCAAUGCUUGGGAGAGUUUCAGUUCGAGUACAUUGGCGACGCCAAGACGGACGACGAGCGAUGCAUCGAUGAGUCACUGCUGGAGUUCUCCUCAUUCCUCAAGAACCUGGAAGACCAAAGAGAGCUGAUGAUGAGAAACAUCACAGAAACCCUCAUGAAACCCCUGGAGAAGUUCAGGAAAGAUCACCUCGGUACAGUAAGGGCGGAGAGGAAAAAGUACGAGAAAGAGACAGAAAAAUACUACAGCUCGCUUGAGAAGCUUCUCAACAUGUCUGCCAAGAAGAAAGAGCCCCAGCUACAAGAGGCAGACAUCCAGGUGGAAACCAUGAGGCAGCACUUUCAGGAGGAGUCGCUGGACUAUGUGUGCAAGCUGCAGGAGAUCCAGGAAAGGAAAAAGUUUGAGUGUGUGGAGCCGAUGCUGGCCUUCUUUCAGACAGUCUUCACUUUUUAUCACCAGGGUUUCGAGCUCGCCAAGGACUUCGACCAUUAUAAACGCGCACUACAGAUAAAUAUUCAGAAUACGAGGAGUCGAUUCGAGGGCACGCGUUCAGAGGUCAACGAACUCAUGAAAAGGAUCCGAGAGGCGCCUCAAGAGUACAGACAGACAAGCCCCAUCAGCUGCGAGGGCUACCUUUAUGUCCAGGAAAAACGGCCACCUCCUUUCGGUUCAAGUUGGGUAAAACGCUACUGCACGUUGGUCAAAGAGCAGAAGAUCCUGCAUAUGGUGACGUUUGACCACAGAUCUGGUGGAAGGAGUGGUGAGAUGGAGUCAGUCACGCUCAAGUCCUGCGUCCGCAAAACGACAGACAUGUUGGACAGGAGGUUUUGCCUUGAGCUCGACAUUACAGAUCGGCCAGGCACAGCUCUCACAGUGCAGGCUCUGUCAGAGGGUGACCACAAAUUCUGGAUGCAGGCCAUGGGUGGGAAGGAACCUUUUGGGCGCUAUCUUGGGAGGACCUAUUCUAAAGAGAGAGGAAUCGAUGCUCAGCUGGAUGACGUGGGUCUGACUUUCGUGAAGAACUCCAUCAGCGCCAUCGAGACACGAGGUAUAAACGACCAAGGCUUGUACAGAGUCGUGGGAGUCAGCUCCAAGGUUCAGAAGCUUCUCUCAUUAAUGAUUGAGGAGAAGAGCAAUGAAGUGGACCUGUCCACCAGCGAGGACUGGGACGUGAAAACCAUAACCAGCGCACUGAAGCUAUACCUGAGCCAGCUUCAGACUUCAAUGAGUCACGCCUCCUUGGUGGCUGCGCACAACUUUCCAGGUUAUGCACGGAGCCUACCCGAGCCACUGAUGACCUACGGACUUUACAAAGAGUUCAUCAGCCCGGCGAAGAGCGGCAGUCCAGAAUCUCGCAUCCAGGCCGUCCACUGCCUGGUCCACAAGCUGCCGGAGAAGAAUCGACAAGUCCUCGGGCUGUUUAUGAAGCAUCUGGCCAACGUGGCCGCCCACAGCAAGCAGAAUCUUAUGACAGUGGCCAAUCUGGGCGUGGUGUUUGGCCCAACCCUGAUGAGGCCACAGGAGGACACGGUGGCCGCCAUCAUGGACCUCAAGUUCCAGAACAUUGUGGUGGAGAUCCUUAUUGAGCACCAAGAGAAGAUCUUUACAGAUGCUCCCGAGUCAUGCCCUCUUUCACCCGCCGCCCCGGUCUUCUCCGCACCCACGAGGCAGUCCAAGAAGCUGAAUCGACAGAGCCGUCCACUGGCUGUCUACAAUCCACAAGUUAUGGACAUUCAGACCGCCUGCGACAACUCCAACCUCGCCACAGACGAGACGUCGAUGGGCAGCAACGAGUCGGUGUCGUCGCAGUCCUCGUCCGCCUCGGCUUCAGAGACUACGCCGCCGGAGAGAAGCGAGUGUGUGCCUCUCAGCGCCAGCGUCUCCUCGGGCAGCAGCAACUCCAGAGCAUCCAUGGCAGCAGCCUCCUGGUUAGGAGAAGGCCAGCAUGUCUGCACACCUGACAAAGAAAAGCCACUAGAGAGUGUCAUCGGCAGGAAAGCCAAGGCGGUGUACCCGUGCGAGGCCGAGCACGACUCGGAGCUCUCCUUCCAGGUCGGCGCAAUUUUCAACGCCGUGACCCAGUCUAGAGAGCCCGGCUGGCUGGAGGGGGAACUGGAGGGCAAGCGGGGCCUCAUCCCUGAGAACUAUGUGGAGAUGAUGUAGCCUCCAAAACGGACACAAUGAUGGAAUUAUUAUUCUUAUACGCCUUAUUUUCACCUGUUGUGUUCUCUCAAGCCAUGGACAUUUUUUUUCUUGUUCCGCCCACUUAUACAUGGUAUCCAUGAGACUCCCUCACGCCCCUCACACAGCAGCGUUUUGGUCCGCCGACGUGCCUUGUCGAGCCCUGAAUGUAAACGGGUAUGUAUUGCCAUAAAUCAACAAGGUUUUGGUUGCAUAUUUCUCACGUUCCAAAUGAGACGCACAUAGAUUUUGGGGUUCCAAAACUAGCUUUAUGAAAUUGGUGCCCUUGUUAGCUUUUAUUUAGCAGACACCCAAACAUCACACCACUCUCCGCAUAAAUAAAUGCAGGAUGAGUGUGUUCGUGUCAGCGUAAGGAGGGGUCAUUUUCUAUUGAGAUUAUUAUUAUCAUAACCAAGUGUUUGUUUUUCUUUUUUUGGGGGUGGUUUUUAUGCUUAUUUUAAAAGCUUGGUUACCUUUUCUGGGCAGACACUCCUGCAAAACAAUGUCCAACGAUUUUAAAUGAUUUUAAUUGAACAUAAAAAAAAAAAAAUCUGAUUUUAUGAUAGAUAACCUCAUAAAGUGCAGUAUUUUAAUUAGAUUUUUGUGUGUAUGGUAUCUUGAUGAAGAAUGCAAUGCCGAGGUUUUGUCACAAGGUUUUAAAGUGGAAGCACGUCAUUUCAGUUGUCACCGGCGGUUGCAAUAAUUUCAAAUGAUGAUUUGUGGUGUUGUUGUUUGUAAAGGGUCUUGGAUUCAUUUUUAUACACCUUUUAUGGGGGCAGUCUCUCGACCAAUGUUGAAUAAAACAUGUAUUCUUGCAGUGAAAUAAAUGUUCAAAUUGAUAACUUAAAAAAAAAAGUACUUAAAAUGGUUAUUUCCAGAUCAUUUUUUCCAGUCUCUUCAACAGAUAGACAGUACAAUCAGUCAAAAAAAAAGAAAACUGAUUAAAAACUUAACUUUUUUCACAUAAACCAAGUACCAAUAAUCUCUGAUAAUGAGCACAAUUGUUUAGCUGAUUAUCUACAAUUAAUGAGUUAACAUACAUGCUAGUGAAAGUGCCAAAUUAUUAUUUAAUAGUAAUAUUUAAGGCCUGGUGCACACAAAGACAAUCGGGGUGAUUUUGCCCCUUCCGACUAAGGUCGACAAAUGCCUGAUUGUUGUUACAUAAUAUUAUCCUGUAGUCUGAGGUGUGUUAAGAGUCCGAAUCAGGUGCUGGUUGAUAAUUUUAAAUAUUAAACGUGUUCAAUAUUUACGGGAAAAAAAAAAAAAAUAAUUGAAAAAUAAUUUGUGUCGAGAAAGCUGACGACUCCCGAGUCAUGAGUUUUUGAAUUGUGAUGUGAAAAUAGUGACCUGACUGAAGAACAAGGAAGCGGGAGCAAAUGAAAACAAACAUAGUUAAAAUAGCUAAGUCUAUUUUUAUUCGUAUUAUAACACCAACCAUUAGCUUAAUUUAAGAACUCACCUCUAGCUUGCUCAGUAGACUAAAGUCCGAUUUCAUGAUGUCUCCAGGAUUUUAUCCCACUGUAAUUUAAAAAAUAUUUUUUUUUUUAUAUAAAGUUUGUGAUUUUUUUUGUUUGUUUCUUUCCCGAAAGAAAAGUCCCAAGACCACCAUCAUAAAUUCCCUCCUGUCGCGUGUCCUCUUCCAUGCUGCGUCUUGUGCUUACUGGUUGUUGCCGACUAGAUUCUAGAUCGGUGGUGGAACAGAAUCUUUGUGUGUGGUGUGCUGUUUUGAGAUUGGUAGUAUUUAUCGUUGUGUGUGUAAUAGAUAAAAAAAAUCUUAUUUAUUUAUUUUUUUUAAAUCCAUGUGUGUAUCAGGUUUACUGACUCACUGAGUUGGAAUAUUGGGCAUUUGAACCAUUCUAUCUAAUCUAAUUCUAUCUUCUAUCUUAAUCGACAACUAGUCGAUUAUCAAAAACUGUUUUGUUAAUUGAUUAAUCGUCUAGAGCCAUUGUUUAAUCAAAAUCAUCUGAUUUCAGACUCAAUAGUCAAUAUUCUCUGAUUUCUGCAGUCCUCCAUGAAAGCAGACAGAUUAUCUUUGUUUCAUCAAAUAAGAUAAACGUCUGGUUUUACUUUGGGAAACAAUCAACAUUUUUGAUGGAAAUUAUUCAUCCAUUUUCAACACCGCUUAUCCUGGUCAGGGUCGCGGGACCUAUCCCAGCUGACUUUGGGCGAAAGGCGGACUACACCCUGAACUGGUCGCCAGUCAGUCGCAGGGCACAUAUAGACACGGACAACCAUUCACACCAUCGCUGAGUGCGAACUGAACCCACGCUGCCUGCACCAAAGUCAGGCAAGUGUACCACUACACCAUCAGUGACAGAUGGAAAUGAAUCAUAAUCAAUUUAUGGAGAAAAAUAAAUCAGAAAAUAAUCAUUAUUUGUAGCCGUAGUAAGAAUAAUAACCUGUAACUAACGUGGUUGAACCUGAAGCAGCCUCAGAAAUGUAUAUCGAACAAGUAGCCCUUCACAUUAAUCAACUCCUAACAUGUUUGGAUCCGAUUAAUCGAUGGAAUAAGUGAUCGAAUCUUCGAUUCUAAAAAAAACAAAAAACUUUAGUGUUUACACUGUAUAUAAUCUAUCUGUGCACACAUUCUCUCACACACACACACGGUGAUUACAUAACAAAGCAAGCGAGCACCAAUGAGAUGGAUGACAUCCACCCUCGGGGCCCUUCAUCCCUCUUCUCCCCCCCCCUCUGAAAUUGUGCUGAAUCAUAGCGGCGACACCAGCCAGACUGUCUGUCAAGUCUCCGUCUCCACCUCCUCUUCAUCUUCCUCCUCUCCAACACUAUCUGACUCAUCUACACAUUCCUACUCGGAAUGCUUAUUUUCUACUCCAGUCUCAAUUGAUUGUAUUAUUUUUUUUUUUUUUUUUGCACUGGCUAGGUCAUCAUAUAUAUUGCUUGUGCUUUUGAUACCUUAGAACCACACAACGUUACUUUGUUUUAAUAAACCAAGUACCAACUAUCUUUUCAGUUGUUCAUCUACUAUUAAAGCGAAAAGCGUAUCGUACCGAGUGCGAAAGGUAGACACCAGGAAGACGGAAGCCCAUCGCCAUUAUUUUGAUUAAAUCAAGUGCUAAUGAUCUUGGAUAAUGAACGUGAUGUUUUCAGCUAUAACUCUACAAUAGAAUCACGAAUAAAAUUUGAAAACUCAACACCUUUGAUUCAAAUAAAGCAAGUAGCAAAAAUAUUCGGUAACUGUUUUCACUACAUACACAAACUAAAGUGUAAAGACUCGACAGAGAUUUAAAAAAAAAAAAAGUACAGUGGCUAAAAUGUGGGCCGAAAAGCAACAAAACCACUCUUAUUACUUUGCUUAAUUUAACCCAAGUACUAAUAAUUUCUCUUUGAUCAUUAUUGUGAGGUUUUUAGAUGUUAAUCUACAAUAAAUGAGACUUGCAAUCUAUAAUUUUGAAAAUUAAACAUUGUGACAAUGAGAGUCACUCACCAAUACUCUGUUUUAAAUAAACCAAGUAGCAAAAAUCUUGGGUCAUAACUAAUAUUUUCACCUGAUGACCUACAAUAAACAAGUAAACAGACAUGCUCUAGCUAAAGUGUAAAGACUCAACAAUAUGGAGAUAAAGAAAAAGAAAAAAAACCACUUGCCUUUAAAUAAAACAAGUACCAACAAUAUUGGUUAAAUUGAUCUAAUGUUUUUGUUUGAUAAUCGGCAAUGGUGUAAAAAAAAAUUAAAAAUUCAGUAGCUAAAAUGGGAAAAAGAAACAAAAGCUACUUGCCACUACUUCACUUAAUUUUACCAAGUACCAAUGAUCUUAAUGUGGGAUAAUCAAUGUUAUAAUUUUAGUGGUUGAUCUACAAUAAAUGGCAUAUGCAAGCUAAAAUUUGAAAACAAGAUGAAAAGCCACAACCUUACUUUGUUUGAAAUAAUCAAAUGCCAACAAUCUUGGAUUAUAACUUUUUAACUGAGGAUCUACGAUUAACGAAUAAACAAGCUGAAGUCACAAAAACAAUCUGACAAAAUCCAUUCACUUUUACUUUUUGUUUGUUUUUGUUGAAAUAAACCAACUACCAACAAUACACGUAGAGCAACAUAAAACAUUUACACAGUCGUGUCUUAUUCGUAGUGUCGCCUUUUAUUGCGUUAAUAUCAGUAAAGCGGACGUCCGCGUGUCGAUUGAGAGCGGGCAUGGACGGCCGGGGAAAGUUAAAACCGGGGGUCUUCAUUUCUCCUUCCUCGACCCUUCCUGGCGAUGUUCCAGCCACACUGUGAUGCAGUGUCCUUCAUCUUUCACUACCCGACCCCACCCCCCCACGCUUCCUGUUUUCCCAUCCAUUUUCAUGACUCAGCACAGCGCCGCGGUUUACCGCAAAGUGCCGGAUUAAGGUGCACAAACUAAAGGGGGUGGUAAAAGUACUCACAUUCUGUACUAAAGUAGAAGUAUAGAUACUCGUGUAAAAUUCUGUUGCAGCCUUUCACAAAAAAAAAUGCAAAUUUUUUUUUUUUUAAUGAGAAAACUAGCACUAUAUUACACUGUAUGACAACUUACAGUCAUGAUAUAAUUACAAUUGGCACUCAGGAUUUCAUGACUCCCUCAGCUAAGCCAAAUGGCUGCUUGGUUUGAAAGUAACUAGACCACUGUCUUGCGAGUAAUUGCUACAUUUACCGAACAAAGUUGACCAUUCACAGGUGAUUUAUGAUAUUGGGUAAAAACCACUAGCCAAGUGGCUGCCCUAUGGUAGCGAUAGGGCGUACCGCCAAAUAUCUGCUCUCUGAUAGUUCUAUUGUUAGUUGUGCUGCUCAUUUCUGGUGUGUGCCUCGUGGCAACCUGGUGACUGUGUACACCAGACAUGGAUGUACUGUUCAUUGAGACAUCCCAACUCCUCUUGCUUAUUAGUACAGCACGAAUAUUAGUUAGUCGAAAUGGAUUAUGAAUAUUGUUAUAGGGUCUGUCUACAUGUUCUACCAAUGUUUGUGUUCAGAUAUCCGUUGCUUAAAGGGUAUCACCACCACAUAGAUGCUAAUUGUUAGCCCGUGUGACUAGAGAGUCGUGAACAUGCAUUUAUUCAUGACCAUAAUAUUCUUCUAAAGUAUUACUAAUUAAAAUAUUAAACAUUUCAGAACAAUGUAAGUGUUCCCAAACAGAUAUCUUUUAAAAAAUAUUUUAUUUUAAAGCAGAACAUUGUUCAGAUUCCUCCAUGUUGCGGCUGUCUCAACUGUGUUUGACUUUUCCUCUCUCUAGUUAUGUCUUUUUUAACCUCGUGUGGUCAUUCGCGUAGGUUGAAUAAAGUCACAAGCCUAUUUUGACCAUGUAAGGAGAUCCGUUUUCAAAUGAAGGGAGUAAAAGCAAAAAGUACAGAAACCUGAAGAAUCUGCUUCCCACCACUACUAACUAACAAGCACAAGCAUCCUAAUGCAAAUGAGUGUUUUAAUGGAAAGACUGGAGAAAAUGGAGGGAGGUCGAGGAUGGGAAAGUGGGCCAAAGACGCUGCCGCCAUGUGCGCGGGCGCAGCCGUGAAAUCGGCCUGAUCCAAUAGAUUCUGUUUAUCUGGCAUCACUACAAGUGAAAGCGUUUGGAAAUCUGGGGGAGAUUUGGAGAGGCUUGUGGAUUUGAAAGGGGAGGGGGAAGGGAAGAUAGAAAAAUAAAGUAAUACUGUCUGGCAAAAAGAUAAGUUUGUAGAUCGUGAGGUUAUUUUCUUUUUCUCCAGCCUACCUUUUGUGUUGUUGGCCUACGAGUCCUCCAGCAUGCCGCCCAAUGCAGCUAUUUUAAAUUCAGCCACAGCUGAACUGGUUUUGGGUUCUGGCAAGCAAUAAGUGGGAAAAAAAAGUAAGAAAUCUUAUUUUUAGCAAUUCUACUGGUCUAUUGUCUUAAUGACAAAGUUCAGUUUAAAUGCAAUGAAAGGAAAAUAAAUUGUGAGGAUGUAUCAUUUGAAAUACUAAUUACUAUGCAUCUUUCAUUUUCAUAUUUUAUUUAAAGCCUGCUAGAACAUCCUGAACUGUAUUUCAGGCUAAUAAUAAGUCACUUUAAAUGUUGGCAGGUUAUUUAUUAUUAUGUAUUAUAUUUAUUGUUACUCUACCCCACCCCUGAUUGAGUGGCACAGGUUAUAGGUCACAUUAAUGGUGGAUAAAGUUUUUAAAUGUAUUUCUCUCAAUCACAAAAACCUGGCAUUUGAACAGGGGUGUGGAGAUGUUUUAUAUCCACUAUACAUGUUUUUUUGUUGAGUAGUCACGAAAUGCUGCAAUAGUGAUUAAUAAUGAAAUUUUGUCCAACAAAAAGCAUGCAUCUUCAAAUAUUGAGUUUUAAUCCAAAAAAACAAAACUACAUCUAUUUACAUUUUAUAUUUGAAACGCAAAUAAAAGAAAUUAGUUUUUUCAGAUUUUUUUGUUUGGUUUAAAAAAAAAAAAAUAAUUGUACACUACUGUUUUUUUUUGUUGGGACAGCAAAGAAAGCUAUAAUAAUUAUGAUUUUUUUUUUAAAUUAACUGCAUUUAAAAAAAAAAAAAUCUGGAAAACAAAAAUAUUUUUGUUGGACAGCACAAAAGCUUAGAUUAAUUUAUAAUAUUCGCAUAUUUAAAAUAUUUUCUUUGGUUUCCCCCCAAAGAAAUAUUUUCAAAAAUGUCUAUAUAUCUUUUUUUUUUUUUAAAAAGGGCAAAAGAAAACAGCAACAAUGUGUAGUGACUUGUUGAUUUUAUUGUGGUGCUGGUCAACAACCUUGGAUUAGGAAAUCAUCUCAACAGCAACAACUCAAAAAAACAAACAAAAAAGAUCCAUCACUUCACAUAUUUUGUUACAAAAUAAGAAAUACUUGUUUUUUUUCAACAUUAUCCUCGUUUUGAGCCACAUGAGCAAUGAUGAGAGGAAAAAAAGUAACAAAAAUAUUAGAAUAAAGAAGGUUAUAGAUGUCUUUUGUCUCACAUUCAGGUAGCAAGUCUGUCACAAUGUAUAUCGUACAUUCAUUUCUCCUUCCAACACACAAAAAGAACAUGGCGAGUGUGUGGGGGGCUUCAACACAUCAUUCCGUAAAAAUGUUUUACACUCAACAGAACAAGGAUUUUUGUACUAUGUACAAGUGUUAAACUGUAAAUCAGGUGCGAUCAAAAAAAGGCACAAGUUUCCCUUUUUUCUUUCUUUUGUUUUCUUAAAUACAAUGUAAACAUCUCGUCAUCAUCAAAACGCAUGCAUUUAUCAACAUCUUACAAAAAAGGAGUUUGCUUUUUUUUUUUUUUUUU